AUGACGUCAUAUACGGACCGCGGCGUAAAACCUGAGCGCGGAGAAAUCCUCGCCUUUGACCAUGUCCAUUUCUGGGUCGGAAAUGCUUUCCAGGCGGCCGCAUAUUACAUUUCACGCUUCGGCUUCGAACCUUUUGUUUACCGUGGGCUGGAAACUGGGUCGCGAUCCGUCAUGACGCAGGUUGUCAAGCAGAACGCCAUCAUCUUCGCCUUCUCAUCUGCCAUCGAACCCGGCAGUCAUGAAAUUGCAAACCACGUACUCAAGCACGGCGACGGCGUCAAGGAUGUCGCUUUCCGCGUAGACGAUUGCGCUGCCGUGUAUGAACGCGCCAUCGCAGCAGGGGCUGUUUCCGUAUCGAAGCCGCAGACUCAUGUGACAGAGCAGGGCACGUGCGUCUUGGCGACUGUCGAAGCCCCGUAUGAGGGUACGUGCCAUACUUUCGUCGAGCGAAAGGACUACAACGGCAACUUUUUGCCAGGUUACGCUAAAAUCGAAGAGCCCGAUCCGCAGCUAGACCUAGUUGAGCCUGUCAACUUGAGGUUUAUUGACCACUGCGUUGCCAAUCAGCCAGAAGGCGAGAUGGACAGAGUGGCUCAAUGGUAUGUGGAAAAAUUUGCUUUCCAUAGGUUUUGGAGCGUUGAUGACAAGCAGCUGCACACCAAGUAUAGUUCUUUGAGAAGCGUUGUUGUGGCAGAUUACUUUGAACGCGUCAAAAUGCCGAUAAAUGAGCCCGCCAAUGGACUCAGAAAGUCUCAAAUACAGGAGUUUGUAGAUUACUACGGGGGUCCUGGCAUUCAACAUAUUGCACUCAACACGUCAGAUAUCGUCACAUCGGUCUCUCGCCUUCGUCAACGCGGGGUUGCGUUCAUUCAAGUGCCAGAUACCUAUUACACAGACCUGAAAAAUAGGCUCAGCGACAGUUCUACAAAUGUCACAGAGGGUUUGAACAAGCUCAAAGCAAUGGGUAUUUUAGUUGACUUUGAUGAGUCGGGAUACCUUCUGCAGAUAUUCACAAAACCAACUCAAGAUAGGCCUACUUUCUUCCUAGAAAUCAUCCAAAGGAGGUCGCACGAAGGGUUUGGCGCGGGUAAUUUCAAAAGUUUGUUUGAAGCAAUCGAAAGGGAGCAGGCACUUCGCGGGAAUCUGUAGUACAACUCUUGUUGUAUCACGCGUAAUAGAAACUUUCACACAACAUUUGGACACAUUAGACAGAUGCAUUGUGCAGAUAGUUUGAAGCGUCCUUUUUAGCAAAAUUGGGUUCACACAGAAAGUGUUUAUAGACGCAGGGGCGAAUACUGCGCACUAUCAAGCAGUUGGCCACUUGAAAUAUGCCUCGAA